GACGUCGGGAAGAUGUUGUAGGAGACGAAGAUUCUAUUCGCCUCCCUUUCUCGCCCCUCCUCUGCUACUAGCCUACUACUACUUCAGUUCUCGCCUUCUCUGCUCUCACCGGACUCCCUCCUUCUCUCUCUCUCUCUCUCUCUCUCUCUCGAUACUACCCCCUCCGCUCCCCUCCAAGCCUCUCCUUUUUCCACCCUCGGAGGCGCCGACGUCCUCCGACUUCCAGGGCGGCGCCGAGCAACAACUACUACCUGGUCACCCAGCCAAAAGGGGAUUCCUUUUCGGUGCGCUCUCCGAUCGAUUGAUGAGCGGCGGGCGGCAGCGAUGAGGGCGGAUCUCAGCACCAUCCAGCAGACGCUCACGCCGGAGGCGGCGGCGGCGCUGGCGCGGGCCAUCGACGAGGCCGCGCGGAGGAGGCACGGCCAGACCACGCCGCUCCACGUCGCCGCCGCGCUGCUCGCCGCGCCGGCCGGUCUGCUGCGCCAGGCGUGCGCUCGCGCGGCCGCCACCGGUGCUGGACCUGGCGCCGCUGGUGGCGCCGGCGGCGCUCACCCGCUGCAGUGCCGCGCCCUCGAGCUCUGCUUCUCCGUCGCCCUCGACAGGCUGCCGGCCGCGGCCGCGGCCUCGGCAGCGGCGCAUGCGUCGGGGCCGCCCGUGUCGAACGCGCUCGUUGCGGCGCUCAAGCGCGCGCAGGCGCAGCAGCGCCGGGGGUGCCCCGAGGCCGCGCAGCAGCCGCUGCUCGCCGUCAAGGUCGAGCUCGAGCAGCUCGUCCUCUCCAUCCUCGAUGACCCGUCAGUCAGCCGCGUCAUGCGCGAGGCCUCCUUCUCGUCCGCAGCCGUCAAGACCACCAUCGAGCAGUCGCUCCCGUCGCCCUCCGCCGCCGCCGUCGUGUCCACCCCGACUGUCGCCGCGACUACGCCUGUGGCCCCGUCCCCCUCUCCGUUCCCGCGAGUCGGCCCAACCAACGCCUACAUCAACCCUCGCCUCGCUGCCGCCGCAGGCGUUGGCGGCGGCAGGGACGACGUACGCAAGGUGCUCGACGUCAUGCUCAAGCCGGCGCGCCGCAACCCGGUGCUGGUCGGCGACGCCGGGCCAGAUGCGGUGCUGAGGGAGGCGGUACGCAGGAUCCCGACGUCUGACUCCCAUGCUCUCGCCGGAGCGAAGGUCUUGCCGCUCGAGGCGGACCUCGCCAAGCUCGCCGGCGACAAGGCCGCCAUGGCGGCGAGGAUCGGGGACCUGGGCGCGAUGGUCCAGAGGAUCCUCGCUGACCACGGCGCCGUGGUCCUUGAUCUUGGCGAUCUCAAGUGGCUGGUGGACGGGCCGGCGGCAGCAGCGUCAGAGGGGGGCAAGGCGGUGGUGUCGGAGAUGGCGCGGCUGCUGGGGCCGUUCGGAAGCCGUAAGGUCUGGGCCGUCGGUACAGCCGCGUGCGCCACCUACCUCCGAUGCAAGGUCUACCACCCAACCAUGGAGGCUGAUUGGGACCUCCAGGCCGUGCCUAUCGCCCGCAGCGCGCCGCUCGCCGGCGCAGCUCUCAGGCCUGGAGGCAUUGGAAUUCUGGGCAACUCAGUGGGGAUGUUAUCGCCUGCUCUCCGGCCUAUGCCGGUGACGCCAACGGCACUCCGAUGGCCGCCAGGGGCAGGGAGUGACCAUCCUCUGAAGGCUAAGCCUGCUAUGUGCCUGCUUUGCAAGGGUAGUUAUGACCGUGAGCUUGCCAAGCUGCUAGCGGAGCAGAAGGAAAAGCCAGCGUCAAGUCCUGAGGCCGCUAAGCCUGGUUUGCCACACUGGAUGCAGCCCAGCAGGGAUCAACCGCAGACCAAGGAGCAAGAGUUGAAGCAGAAUGAGGCUGCCGAGGAGCUUGAGAAGAAAUGGCAUGAGACCUGCGCCCGUACCCACAGCAACCGUACUGUGGCGCCAGCUCUCUCCCUGCCGUUGGCUGCCUUAGCUCCACGCCCGCCUGUUGAGCCCAAGCUACAACCUGCCAGCGGUGGUGUUCCCACCCUUAAGAUGAACACCAAUUGGAAGGAGCCCGAGGGUACCCCUACGUCUGAGCUUCGCAAGAGCCCGCCAGGCAGCCCGGUGAAGACUGACCUCGCGCUUGGUCCCUUGGAUCCUGAUGCUACCAUGGAGAAAGACCAGAAGGAAAACUACACAGAAGGGCUAACUGCCAUGCAAAAGGCUAAGAUAGCUGGAAUCUCUGAUAUCGAGUCUUUCAAAAGGCUCCUCAAGGCGCUCACAGAGAAGGUCAGCUGGCAAUCUGAUGCUGCCUCAGCAAUUGCUGCUGCUGUGAUACAAUGCAGAACUGCUAGUGGGAAGCGGCGAAACAUCGGGACAAGGGGCGACAUAUGGCUCCUGUUCGUUGGUCCUGACCAGGCAGGUAAGAGGAAGAUGGCGAAUGCGUUGUCUGAGCAGAUGGUAAAUGCUGAACCAGUGGUUAUAAACUUUGGUGGCGACUCCCGCUGGGGCAAGGAUGGUAACGGACGGCCUAAUCCAGGUUUCUGGGGGAAAACCUCGCUGGACCGGGUCACUGAGGCAGUCCGGCAGAAUCCAUGUUCAGUGAUCGUUCUCGAGGGCAUCGAUCAGGUGGAUGCCGUUGUGCGCGGAAAAAUCAACCGGGCAAUGGAUACGGGCCGCCUGCCGGACUCCCGGGGCCGUGAGGUCAGCCUCGGCAAUGUCAUCUUCGUUCUCACAACGGAUUGGUUGCCUGAGGAACUCAGGAGACCGAAGUUUGACACACCGCUCCAAGACGAAGGAAAGAUGCUCGAGGCAGCACACUCGGAUUGGCAGCUAGAGCUUUCUAUCGGGGACAAGCAGCAGCUGAAGCACCAAGCGGAUUGGCUGUGCAACGAUGCUCGCCCAGCGAAGGUAGCUAGAGAACUGUCUGGCGGGCACGGUCUGUCGCUUGACCUCAAUCUAGCGGUAGGGGCGUCGGACGACACAGAGGGCUCGCGGAACUCCAGUGACCUCUCCGUGGAACAAGAGCAGGAGAAAGGGCACGUCGCGGUCAAGUGUUCGACGCCAGCCCCCGACAGCGACCUGUUGAACCUCGUCGACGAUGCCAUCGUGUUCCGGCCAGUCGACUUCGCGCCGUUCAGGAAGGCUGUCACAGACUGCGUAUCAGCGAAAUUCGACUCGGUCACCAGGGGCAGCAGCUCGUUCAGAGUCGACGAGGACGCCGUCGACCGGAUGGCUGCCAGCGUCUGGCUCACGGACGAGAAGCUCGAGGACUGGGCCGAGGAAGUGCUCACGCCCAGCAUCGAACGGCUGUGGCGCAACGUGAAGCGUUGCAGCGGCCGUGCUGUUGUCCGUCUCGCAGCAGUCGCGGUCACAGCAGACAGGGCGAUGCCGAGGUGGGGUGGGGGGCGAGAAGGACGGCUACCGGGGACGGUGCCGAUCGCCGUUGACGGCAUGUAGAGAAGGGUUUGGGGGUGGGGGGAAGUUCAUUCUUUUGUAUGGUAGGUAUGUACAUACAUAUCGGGAGGACAUGGGGGUAGGUUACUGUAUGAAAAGCACAUAGGGGAGGGAAGGGAGGGAGAACAACGUCCCUUGGACUUACCAAAUAGGCGUGGAGGUUAUAGGUUUUACUAUAACAAAGAUGUGAUCUAUAGUUUUUGAUGAUAUGUGUAGCUGUGUUCCUUGGAACAAGAAAAAAAAGGUUUCUCUUUUGCACUUGCUAGUAUGAAUCACACCAGUUGUGAUGCAUAAAGUAUUGAGCUUGCAUCAAGUGGCAGAGGUUUGGCAUGUGAAUGUAUGAUUACUCUUCUUUUUUC